AUGUUUUGUUUUGGCGCGGAGCAAAGUGGUCUUGUCCAAAUUCCCAUCACUGGCAACCAUGAAUGCUUGACGAGUUUAUCGCGCAGCGCUCAACAGUCGAGACUCAUUCGCGUUUUCUACUUCAUGCGGUAUAUCGGGGAACGACAGGUUUUAGAGUCGUUAGGGAUUGGAGAAGGGAUCGGGGACUGGGAGGUUGCUCAUAUCGGAUCGCAUGGAUCCUGGAAAGGAAUCCCAACUAGGAACGGUUGCAAAAAGUUGCACCUUCACAUCAAGUUUUCCGGUUUACUGCCACGUCGAAUAGGCCAGGUCAAGCUUAUAACCAACGUUACGAGGCACUCGGCCAACUAUGUGGAAUCACUCGAGACCCCAGCGCCUUCGUUGUCUCCUUCUGCAAUUUUAGCAAGAAACCAAUUUUGUGGUAUCACCCGGGACCCCGGCGCCUUCUUUGCCUCCUUGUGCAAUUUAAGCAAGAAAGUAACCAGUCUUCCGCCAUUCCCGGUCUCGGUCUCGGUCCCUGACCUCGACCUCUUGCCAGAGCUUGGUUUCCGGACCAUGUCUCACAUCCCGGAGCGCACUAUUCCCCCAUCAGUCUAUGUUUUCGGUAACACAAAGAAAUCCUGUCAACUCACCCCUCUUCCUAUGGGUGCAACGUAA